AUGAAGAGUCCACCGUACAACCCAUCGAGCAACGGACAAGCGGAGCGCAUGGUUCGAGUAGUCAAGGAAGGUUUAAAGAAGUUUCUACUGGAUCCGGAUAUGACUGGUUUGAGUACUGAAGACCUGGUUUCGUAUUUCUUGUUUGGUUACCGGAAUACUUGUUUAGAGGACGGAAGAACAUUUCCAUCCGAACGUUUGUUUAGUUUUAAACCGAAGACGCUGUUGGACUUGAUCCAUCCAAAGAAUAGUUUUAAGCAUCAUUCGACGAAGCCCAAGGAAGUGGAUAAGUGUGUUGUUUCUGUUGGAGGAAGAGUUUAUUCUGCUCACCGCAAUCAGCUCAAGUUGGUUGGCACCCCGAAGCGCCGAGGUUUGGUCUUGGGAAGGAGCGAGAGGAUUCAACGAAGAAAACGUACUAGAGAGGACGACGACGAAAGGUUUAGCGACGACGAAGACGAAUUUUACGGUUUUCCAUCCGAGUCUUUCAUCUACCGUGACGGAGACGAUCGUAACGGGGUCACAGCUCGUGGUCCUGACGUGGAGGUUAGUGUUCCGCGCCGACGAAGUUUGUCACGAGAGGAUGAUCAACGAGAAUCGUCUAGUUUGCCGCCCGAACAAGUCGAACAGCAGGCCGGUCCGUCAAGUCGAUUGCAGAAUCAUUCGUCACCAUCGAAGAACCGACAGGAGUUGGUCAGGCGUUCAAAACGACCUAAGCGUCUGAAGAAAGACAUGGACUUUGAGUACUACUAG